UAAGGCUGAACAGCUACAGAAAAAACUGAAGUAUUCUAAUUUUUAACUAUACUCUUUGGGCAGUUUGCUGUUUGUCAAAUGUCAAAUUGUCAUUUGUCAAUUCGAUAGUCAUAAAAUUCUGAAGAAAGAAAGACUAAUUAAUACCGAUAAUAAGUAAAUGCGAUUUAAAAACAACAAUGCUUAUUAAUUUGCAAAGCGUUCGGCAAUAUUUAAGUGAGCUUCGAAAUUCAGGGGGAUUGCACAAAGACCAAGCCGAAAAAUACCGUUAUGUAUUAAUGGAAAUUCUUAAAAACACGGAAGGUGAACUGGCUGAGUGUUUAAAAGUAUUUGUGGAAGCAAUUGUAAAUGAAAAUGUUAGUUUAGUGAUAUCAAGACAACUCCUCACCGAUGUUAGUACACAUUUAGCACUAUUGCCUGAUAAUGUCUCACAAGAGGUAUCACACUUUUCAUUAGAUGUGAUUCAGCCAAGAGUAAUAUCAUUUGAAGAACAGGUAGCAAGUAUUAGACAACAUCUAGCAGAUAUUUAUGAACGAAACCAGAAUUGGAAGGAAGCGGCAAAUGUUCUUGUUGGCAUUCCAUUGGAGACUGGACAAAAACAAUACUCUGUAGACUACAAGUUAGAGACAUAUUUAAAGAUAGCUCGACUCUACUUAGAAGUUGAUGAUCCUGUUCAGGCUGAGGCAUUUGUCAAUAGAGCUUCCCUGUUACAAGCAGAGACAACAAAUGAACAGCUACAAAUAUAUUACAAAGUCUGUUAUGCAAGAGUUUUAGAUUAUAGAAGGAAAUUCAUAGAAGCAGCGCAGAGGUACAAUGAGUUAUCAUACCGGAACAUCAUACAUGAGGAUGAAAGGAUGACAUGUCUCAGGAAUGCACUUAUUUGCACAGUUCUUGCUUCUGCAGGGCAGCAGCGAUCUAGAAUGUUAGCGACCUUGUUCAAAGAUGAGCGAUGUCAGCAACUACCAGCCUACUCCAUAUUAGAGAAGAUGUAUUUGGAUCGCAUCAUUCGUCGUUCUGAACUACAUGAGUUUGAAGCAUUAAUGCAGACUCAUCAGAAGGCGACGACGUCGGACGGGUCGACGAUCCUGGACCGCGCCGUGUUCGAGCACAACCUGCUUUCGGCCAGCAAGCUGUACAACAACAUCACGUUCGAGGAGCUGGGCGCGCUGCUGGAGACGCCGCCCGCGCGCGCCGAACGCAUCGCGUCGCACAUGAUCAGCGAGGCGCGCAUGAAUGGAUACAUAGACCAGAUCAGUGCCGUCGUGCACUUCGAGACUCGUGAGAUCUUACCACAGUGGGACAAGCAGAUUCAAAGUCUGUGCUAUCAAGUGAACAGCCUAAUUGAAAAGAUAGCCGCCGCUGAGCCGGAAUGGAUGGCCAAACUCAUGGAAGAAGAAAUGAUUCAAUAAAAAACCUAACCUGUCUGUAUCUCUGUAUAUUUUAUAAAAUAAACAUUUAGCAUUUUUUUUUAAUUAAA